GCUGUCCAGUCCCAACAUGGAGCGUAAGGAAGUGGUUCUUCUGCUUCUGUUAUUUCUGAAAUCAGUACAAACUGAACAAAAUCAUGUGGUUCAGGACUGUUACCAGGGCGAUGGACAGUGUUACAGAGGUACAGUAUCAACCACUGUGACAGGAAGAAAAUGUCAAUCUUGGCUGUCUAUGACACCACACCAGCACUCGAGGACCCCAGCCAACUAUCCAAAUGGUGGCUUGGAGGGGAACUACUGCAGGAAUCCAGAUGAUUCUGGACGCCCUUGGUGUUACACCACUGAUCCGAGCGUCAGGUGGGAGUACUGCAACCUGACACAGUGCUCAGAGGCCCAGGUUCCCAGUGAAGAGGCUCCUACUGAGCAGGCACCAACAGAGCAGGACUGUUACCAGGGUGAUGGACACGAUUACCGAGGUACAGCAUCAACCACGGUCACAGGAAGGAAAUGUCAAUCUUGGCUGUCUAUGACACCACACCAGCACUCGAGGACCCCAAUCAACUACCCAAAUGGUGGCUUGGUGAGGAACUACUGCAGGAAUCCAGAUAAUUCUGGACACCCUUGGUGUUACACCACUGAUCCAAGUGUCAGGUGGGAGUACUGCAACCUGACACAGUGCUCAGAGGCCCAGGUUCCCAGUGAAGAGGCUCCUACUGAGCAGGCACCAACUGAGCAGGACUGUUACCAGGGUGAUGGACAUGGUUACCGAGGUACAGCAUCAACCACAGUCACAGGAAAGAAAUGUCAAUCUUGGCUGUCUAUGACACCACACCAGCACUCAAGGACCCCAGCCAACUACCCAAAUGGAGGCUUGGUGAGGAACUACUGCAGGAACCCAGAUGAUUCUGGACGCCCUUGGUGUUACACCACUGAUCCGAGUGUCAGAUGGGAGUACUGCAACCUGACACAGUGCUCAGAGGCCCAGGUUCCCAGUGAAGAGGCUCCUACUGAGCAGGCACCAAUUGUGAAGGACUGUUACCAGGGUGAUGGACAUGGUUACCGAGGUACAGCAUCAACCACAAUCACGGGAAGGCAAUGUCAAUAUUGGCUGUCUAUGAUACCACACCAGCACUCAAGGACCCCAGCCAACUACCCAAAUGGUGGCUUGGUGAGGAACUACUGCAGGAACCCAGAUGAUUCUGGACGCCCUUGGUGUUACACCACUGAUCCGAGUGUCAGGUGGGAGUAUUGCAACUUGACACAGUGCUCAGAGGCCCAAGUUCCCAGUGAAGAGGCUCCUACUAAGCAGGCACCAUCUGAGCAGGACUGUUAUCAGGGUGAUGGACAAGGUUACCGAGGUACAGUAUCAACCACGGUCACAGGAAGGAAAUGUCAAUCUUGGCUGUCUAUGACACCACACCAGCACUCGAGGACCCCAGCCAACUACCCAAAUGGUGGCUUGGUGAGGAACUACUGCAGGAAUCCAGAUAAUUCUGGACACCCUUGGUGUUACACCACUGAUCCGAGUGUCAGGUGGGAGUACUGCAACCUGACACAGUGCUCAGAGGCCCAGGUUCCCAGUGAAGAGGCUCCUACUGAGCAGGCACCAAAUGAGCAGGACUGUUACCAGGGUGAUGGACAUGGUUACCGAGGUACAGCAUCAACCACAGUCACAGGAAGAAAGUGUCAAUCUUGGCUGUCUUUGACACCACACCAGCACUCAAGGACCCCAGCAAACUACCCUAAUGGUGGCUUGAUGAGGAACUACUGCAGGAAUCCAGAUGAUUCUGGACGCCCUUGGUGUUACACCACUGAUCCGAGUGUCAGGUGGGAGUACUGCAACCUGACACAGUGCUCAGAGGCCCAAGUUCCCAGUGAAGAGGCUCCCACUAAGCAGGCACCAUCUGAGCAGGACUGUUAUCAGGGUGAUGGACAAGGUUACCGAGGUACAGUAUCAACCACGGUCACAGGAAGGAAAUGUCAAUCUUGGCUGUCUAUGACACCACACCAGCACUCGAGGACCCCAGCCAACUACCCAAAUGGUGGCUUGGUGAGGAACUACUGCAGGAAUCCAGAUAAUUCUGGACACCCUUGGUGUUACACCACUGAUCCGAGUGUCAGGUGGGAGUACUGCAACCUGACACAGUGCUCAGAGGCCCAGGUUCCCAGUGAAGAGGCUCCUACUGAGCAGGCACCAUCUGAGCCGGACUGUUAUCAGGGUGAUGGACAAGAUUACCGAGGUACAGUAUCAACCACGGUCACAGGAAGGAAAUGUCAAUCUUGGCUGUCUAUGACACCACACCAGCACUCGAGGACCCCAGCCAACUACCCAAAUGGUGGCUUGGUGAGGAACUACUGCAGGAAUCCAGAUAAUUCUGGACACCCUUGGUGUUACACCACUGAUCCGAGUGUCAGGUGGGAGUACUGCAACCUGACACAGUGCUCAGAGGCCCAGGUUCCCAGUGAAGAGGCUCCUACUGAGCAGGCACCAACUGAGCAGGACUGUUAUCAGGGUGAUGGACACGGUUACAGAGGUACAGUAUCAACCACGGUCACAGGAAGGAAAUGUCAAUCUUGGCUGUCUAUGACACCACACCAGCACUCGAGGACCCCAGUCAACUACCCAAAUGGUGGCUUGGUGAGGAACUACUGCAGGAAUCCAGAUGAUUCUGGACGCCCUUGGUGUUACACCACUGAUCCAAGUGUCAGGUGGGAGUACUGCAACCUGACACAGUGCUCAGAGGCUCAGGUUCCCAGUGAAGAGGCUCCUACUGAGCAGGAACAAACAGACUCCAGCAGACCAGAAUUAAAGGACAUCCUCUUGGACAACUCAGAUGAAGGAUUGUAUCCAGAUAGUAGUGGCUUCUAUGCAGCAUUGGGAAGUCAGGAUAUGCUACAAAGCGACUGUUUGUCAGGAAACGGCCAGGACACGGAUCAAAAGUACAAGCUUGCAAGAGCUCCAACGCUCAAAGACAUUUUACCGCCACUCCCACCGGUUGAUAAUUCCUCAGACAGUGACGAGUGGGAUGUGAUCGAUGAACUUACUAAAUCAGAUGAGAGGGACGGAAUGAAUGAUUCUAUUCACCCCCGCCGAGCUUAUCCGGCAGUUCGCGUCCCAAAGGUCGCAUCUAAGACAUCCUCACGAGCCCCGCUUCCCCGUGUGCCUCCUUGUCUCCCUCCACCGCCCGCGGGGUUUCAGGCGGCGGUGCGAGAAGCCCAAAGGGAUAAAAGUACAGGGAAGGAAAAGAGAAUAAUUGGGCAAGGGGAGGAAUCUGGAGAAAGGGAGGCGGAGUGGGGCAGCCACGUGGGCUGGGGAGGGGCUGUCACCAUUUCCCAGCAUCUAUUGGAGAUCCCGCUCUCAACGUUUUGUAAGCUCCUUUAUCCAGAAAUCAGAACCAUCCUGGGCUUGAGACACACUGUCUUCCAGACACUGCUGGCCAGUCCCAACAUGGAGCGUAAGGAACUGGUUCUUCUGCUUCUGUUAUUUCUGAAAUCAGGUCAAGGACAUCCCCUGGAUGACUAUGUAAAUACCCAGGGGGCGUCCCUGUUCAGUGUCACCAAGAAGCAGCUCAGAACAGGAAACGCAGAGGAAUGCUUAGCCAAGUGUGAGGAGGAAAAAGAAUUCACGUGCAGGUCAUUCCAAUAUCACAGCAAAGAGCAACAAUGUGUGGUAAUGGCUGAAAACAGCAAGUCAUCUACAGUCAUUAGGAUGAGAGACGUUGUGUUAUUCGAAAAGAAAAUGUAUCUUUCAGAGUGCAAGACGGGGAAUGGCAGGAACUACAGAGGGACGGCGUCCAAAACGAGAAAGGGCGUUACCUGUCAGAAAUGGAGGGCCAAUUUUCCCCACCGACCUAAUUACUCCCCUGAUACACACCCCUCAGAGGGACUGGACCAGAACUACUGCAGGAACCCAGACAAUGAUGACCAGGGGCCCUGGUGCUACACCACAGACCCAGAACAGAGGUUCGACUACUGCAACGUUCCUGAGUGUGAAGGACAAGGAGGAACAGAUAAAGAUGAAUGUAUGCACUGCAGUGGAGAAAAUUAUCAGGGCAAGGUUUCCAAGACCAUGUCUGGACUGGAAUGCCAGGCCUGGGACUCUCAGAGCCCACACGCUCACGGGUAUAUUCCUUCCAAAUUUCCAAACAAGAACUUGAAGAUGAAUUACUGUCGGAACCCUGACGGUGAGCCCCGCCCAUGGUGUUUCACCACCAGUCCCAACAAACGCUGGGAGCUCUGCGACAUCCCCCGCUGCACAACACCCCCACCAUCUUCUGGUCCAACUUACCAGUGUCUGAAGGGGAGAGGUGAAAACUACCGGGGAAAGGUGGCGGUUACUGUGUCUGGGCACACGUGUCAACGCUGGAGUGAGCAGACCCCUCACAAACACAAUCGGACGCCCGAAAACUUCCCCUGCAAAGGCUUGGAUGAAAAUUACUGUCGUAACCCAGAUGGAGAAACCACCCCAUGGUGCUACACAACCAACAGUGCAGUGAGGUGGGAGUACUGUGCUGUGCCAUCCUGUGAGGCCUCUCAGACGUCCGUGGAACACGUGGACGCUUCAGCACCACCUGAGGAAACCCCCGUUGUCCAGGACUGUUACCAAGGCAAUGGACAGAGUUACCAGGGCACAUCAUCCACCACUAUCACGGGAAGGAAAUGCCAAUCUUGGUUGUCUAUGACGCCACAUCGGCAUGAAAAGACCCCACAAAACUACCCAAAUGCUCGGUUGGAAAUGAACUACUGCAGGAAUCCAGAUGGUGACAAAAGCCCAUGGUGCUUCACCACUGACCCGAGUGUGCGGUGGGAGUACUGCAACCUGCGGAAAUGCCCGGACACACAGGGCAGUGUGGUGGCCACACCUCCCACCACAGCCCGGGUUCCCAGCGAAGAGGCUCCUUCUGAACAGGACUGUAUGUUUGGGAACGGCAAAAGCUAUCGAGGCAAGAAGGCAACCACUGUCACUGGGACCCCAUGCCAGGGCUGGGCUGCCCAGGAGCCCCAUAGUCACAGUAUUUUCACUCCAGAGACAAACCCACGGGCAGGACUGGAAGAAAACUACUGCCGGAAUCCUGAUGGUGACGUCAAUGGUCCCUGGUGCUACACGACGAAUCCAAGAAAACUUUUUGACUACUGUGAUAUCCCUCAGUGUGUGUCCUCGUCAUUCGACUGUGGGAAGCCUCAAGUGGAGCCGAAGAAAUGUCCCGGCAGGGUGGUGGGCGGCUGUGUGGCCCACCCGCACUCCUGGCCCUGGCAGAUCAGCCUCAGGACGAGAUUUGGAAAGCACUUCUGCGGAGGCACUUUAAUAUCCCACGAGUGGGUGCUGACUGCUGCCCACUGCUUGGAGAAGUCCUUGAGGCCUUUGUCAUACAAGGUUGUCCUGGGUGCACACCAGGAAGUGAAUCUGGAAUCGCACGUUCAGGAAAUAGAAGUGGCGAAGCUGUUCCUGGAGCCCUCCCGAGCAGACAUAGCCUUGCUAAAGCUGAGCAGUCCUGCUGUCAUCACAGACAAAGUAAUCCCAGCUUGUCUGCCAACCCCAAAUUACGUGGUUGCUGACCGGACAGUAUGUUACAUCACUGGCUGGGGAGAAACCCAAGGCACCUUUGGGGCCGGCCUGCUCAAGGAAGCCCAGCUCCCUGUGAUUGAAAAUAAGGUGUGCAACCGUUACGAGUAUCUCAAUGGACGGGUCAAGUCCACGGAGCUCUGUGCCGGGCAUCUGGCGGGGGGCACUGACAGUUGCCAGGGUGACAGUGGAGGGCCUCUGGUUUGCUUCGAGAAGGACAAAUACAUUUUACAAGGAGUCACUUCUUGGGGGCUCGGCUGUGCACGCCCCAAUAAGCCUGGUGUCUAUGUUCGUGUCUCAAGGUUUGUUACUUGGAUUGAACACAUCAUGAGAAAUAAUUAAUCGGAUGGAGGACAGCAUGAAACAUCAACUUACCUAGAAGCUGGGAUGUGGGUAGGGAACUUAGCAUGCUCAGAAAUAAUUGACAGUAAUCCCACAGCGACAGUGUCCCCAGCUAACACCAACUAACAAACUCAGUGUUUUUUGUAUUAUUCUGUAUAAAUGUUUCCUGUCCCUGGACUGCUGGGUCCUGUAAUUAUAAAGCAAUGCAGCUCUAACAGUUGUUGAAAAUAAACCCAGUACUUACUUUGA